CACUCACUGAGAGAGACAGCGGAGCAGACACUGGGCGACUUUCUGUCCCACUGCACGGCUGCGAGGAUGGAGCGGCUCUCUUUGGAGGGAGCGCGCGUUUAAUCCCUGCUCAACUAAGAGAAGCGACUCCUGGGAUUAUUGCUGUUUCUGCGUGUUGAGGCAUUAGCGGUGAAGAGAAAAUGAGCGACAUCUACGAGUCGGCCGCCACCUCGCUGGGCCUGUUCAGCAGCCCCUGCCUGACCAAAGUGGAGCUGCGCGUGGCUUGUAAGGGCAUUUCUGACCGUGACGCCCUGUCCAAGCCUGACCCCUGCGUGGUCAUUAAGAUGCAGUCGCAUGGCCAGUGGCUGGAGGUGGACAGGACGGAGGUGAUCCGGAGCUGCAUUAACCCCACGUUCUCCAAGGUCUUCACUCUGGAUUAUUACUUUGAGGAGGUGCAGCGGCUCCGUUACGAGCUCUACGACAUGAACAGCAGCCACAACGGCAUGAGGGAGGUCGACUGUCUGGGGGCCAUGGAGUGCACGCUGGGCCAGAUUGUGUCCCAGAGAAAGCUCUGCAGAGUUCUCCUCAAACAGAGCAACACGGUGGGGAAGUCCAUGAUUACGAUCACCGCUGAGGAGCUGACGGGGAACGAUGACUAUGUGGAGCUGUCCUUCAGUGCCAGGAAACUGGACGAUAAGGACUUUUUCAGCAAGUCAGAUCCGUUUUUAGAAAUCUACAGAGUGAAUGACGACGGCACCCAGCAGCUUGUGUACAGGACAGAGACUGUGAUGAACAACCUGAACCCAGUGUGGAAAACCUUCAAAACCUCCCUGAACUGUCUCUGCAGCGGAGACCAUGAGAGGAUACUGAAGUGCACUGUGUGGGACUGGGACUCCAACGGAAAGCAUGACUUCAUAGGCGAGUUUGAAGCUACCUUCAAAGAGAUGCGCGGGGCGAUUGACGGAAAACAGGUCCAGUGGGAAUGCAUAAACCCCAAGUAUAAAGUCAAGAAGAAGAACUACAGAAACUCGGGGAUUGUAAUUCUGAAUCAGUGUAAGAUUAUAAAGAUGCACUCGUUCCUCGACUACAUCAUGGGUGGCUGCCAGAUCCAGUUCACUGUAGCGAUUGAUUUCACUGCGUCUAAUGGGGACCCGCGCAACAGCUGCUCUCUGCACUACAUCCACCCCUACCAGCCCAACGAGUACCUGAAAGCCUUAGUCGCCGUCGGGGAGAUCUGCCAGGAUUACGACAGUGAUAAAAUGUUUCCGGCCUUCGGCUUCGGCGCUCGGAUACCUCCCGACUUCAAGGUUUCACACGACUUUGCGGUAAACUUCAAUGAGGAUAAUCCUGAAUGUGCAGGGAUCCAGGGUGUGGUGGAGGCUUACCAAAACUGCCUUCCUAAAAUCCAGCUGUACGGCCCCACCAACAUUGCUCCCAUCAUCCAGAAAGUGGCCAACUCUGCUUCUGAAGAGGUGCACACCAGGGAGGCCAUGCAGUACUUCAUCCUCCUGAUCCUGACGGACGGUGUGAUUACGGACAUGGCGGACACUCGAGAGGCCAUUGUUCACGCCUCCCACCUGCCCAUGUCCAUCAUCAUUGUUGGUGUGGGAAACGCUGACUUUACUGACAUGCAGACUCUGGACGGAGAUGAUGGAAUCCUCCGCUCGCCGAAAGGAGAGCCGGUCCUGAGGGACAUUGUUCAGUUCGUGCCCUUCCGCAACUUCAAACAUGCUUCUCCUGCAGCCCUGGCAAAAACCGUCUUGGCCGAAGUCCCGAACCAAGUGGUGGAUUACUACAACAGCAAGGGGAUCAAGCCGAAAGUUCCCUCAGAGUACGAGGCCCCGAGGACGUUUGGCCACUGAGCCGCUAAGCUCAGGCUAACGCACUGCCCGCUAUCUAAUAGCACGUUUCUGUCAAUCUUACGACGUGAACUCUGUUCCUCUAUUUAUUUGCAUGUGUGGGUCUGUGGGGCUUGAAUAGUAGGCUACCUGUUACAGCAGUACUGUGCCAAUUAAGGCUUUCUUAUGGAAAAACAAGCAACCACAAACAAUCUGACAAGCAUGUUUUGGCUGGGAGUUAAUGGAAAAAUAUUAUAUAUACAUUAUGGAUAUUAGUUCCCUCUGGUUCUGUUUUUUAUAAAUAUAUAUUUAAAGGUUUAUUGAGAUUUUGCUAAAUUUCUUAAUAUUCUUACCUUGUAAAGCAUUUUGGAUCCUUGGGAAUGAAUAGCUACCUGUAUUAGACACUGAAUGUCUGCACCUUAACAAAAGGAAAAAAAACCCUCUUUUUGCAGAUGAGACAGAUGCAUGACUGUAUUUUGCAUGUUAAUAAUAAACGAAACUCUGCUUUU